GUAUGAUACCAGUUCAAUCUACAAUUACAAAUAAUUUCUCUACAACAAAUUCUGAAUGUGAAGGAUUUGUUACAUCAGACAUAAAAACCGAACCACAUAAUAUAAUACCACUAACCCGAAACUCCACAAUCUCCAGAAACUCAAUGAUGAACAGCUUACCCAGUCGUCGAGGUAGGCGGUCAACAAUACCAAUGGAAAUCCGUGAUGAAGUUCGUCGGUUAAAGAAAAGGAACACAGAACGGCAACGUCGUGCUUGUAUCUCAGAUAAAAUGAAUGCAUUACAUAAUUUAGCUAUGAAAUUAAUUGGAGAAGAUCCAUCAAAACACUCCAAAAUGGAAAAGAAUGAUAUACUUGGGAUCUGUUAUACGGUAUUUGAAGGAAUCGCCAAAAUUCUGAAGGACAGACCUGAAUUACUAUCCCGUUUACAUAAACUGACUUUAACUUCACAAGAAACAAAUAACAUUAAACCAAUUUCUUCUAGUUCAGAUUCAAUUAAUAUAAAAUCGAAUAAUUUAAAUUCAUUAUCACAAUAUUUACAUAAAAUUGAACAAAAUUCUAUUGAAAUCAAUCCAUUAAAUCUUUCUAAUUAUUCUUCAAUGAAUUUACAUAAUGAAGACAAAAUUAAAUAUUCUAAUAUAAAUCAAUCCAUACCAUUCUCUUGUUUAAAUCUUUCAAAUGAAUCUAAUUCGAAUACACCAAUUAAAAAUCAUACAUUUCGAUUACCAUUAAAAUAUCGUUGGUGUAAAAUCAAACAUCAAAAUAUCACAUCUAAUUAUCAUCAUCAGCAGCAUCCUCAUCAUCAUCCAAUGAGUAAAUCACAAAAUGAUGUAAUCAUGAAACAAUGGAAUAAUUAUGUAAUGAAUAAUGAAAAAGAAAAUCUAUCACAUUAUAUCAAACAAGAAAACGUUUGGAGACCAUAUUUAAAUUAAAUUUAUUCUUUUUUUUGAAUUUUUCUCUAUUUUUCUUUUUAUAUCUUCCUUUUUUAAAAAAGUUCUUUGUUAUAUCAUACUGAACAGAUUAAUGAUGAUUUAUUUAUUCAGAUACACUAGUUGAUUUGGUUUAAUGAUGAAUUCAUUGAAUA